AUGAAGUUGACGGGUCUGCUAAAGAGGCGGAGAGGGAAGACUAGGAAAGAGAACAGCCCUACUGUCAGCGCCGCAAUCUCCCCCUCUCUCCAAAAUGAUCCCUCGAGACAAGCCCAGCAGAGUGUGGGUGCUGUUGCCUCUAGCCAGAGUGGCAGAACACCAAAAGCCGAUCCUCCUGCACCCAUCCCCUCUACAUCGACUGCUGCUCCUUCGUCGAGUCCUUCUGCUCCUCCUUGGUCGCCGCAGGCUUUGUGGAACAACACAUACGAGAAAUUAAAACAGAAAGAGCCUGAUUUAGUACAAUCAUUUGAAAUCGUCUCAGGCGCCAGCUUUAUCUCACAAGAACAGAUAAAGUCUCUGGUGAAAGCACGACUAGACAUGCGAGAUGAACGUCAGUGGAUUAUCACACUUGCUGCCCAACCUGUCAAGAUUCGGGAAAGUGGAGAACGUCUGAUCAAAUUUGUAUUGUGGAGCAAGGAUCUUGUGUCAAGUGCCCUCAGUAGCCAGCCGCAUAUGGUGCUGGCAUGGUCGGGUAUCACAAUGCAAUUACCGUUGGCCUUGAACCCUAGUCAAGAGAGUGAUGCCAUGAUACAAGGCCUUGAUCAUAUCGCUGCAUUAUUAAGAUUGUACGACAUUCGAACUACACUAUGCCAUGGCAACACGAGUGAUGGAUAUCGCAGCGCUAUUGUCGAGCUUUAUUCUCACGUUCUCGAAUAUCAAGCGCGGAUGGCUUGUCAUCUCUCUGACAAUUCGGUGAUACGUGGUAUCCACAGUAUUAGUCGAUCUGGCCAGUGGAAAACCAUGGUACAGACGAUUGACGAGGCGGAUCAAUAUUGCCAGGAGCAUGAAGCACUAAUAGACAAACAGGCAGAACAAGAGCAGUGGGAGCGGCAAACGAAGCAAAUAGAGCAAGCUAAUGAGACCCAGGAACAAAUCCUCGACGCUCUACGCCAUGUUCUUACCACUCGCGCCGCUGACAGAGAAGACGAUCUUCGAACAGAAAUUCUUCAGUGUCUUGCUGCUGAUUAUUCCGGACAGAAAAACUUUAACCCCAAACGUGUACCGAAUACCUGUCGAUGGUUCCUUGAUGAUGACCGGUUCCAUAAGUGGCGAGAUUCUACGACAUCUGGCGUGCUGUGGCUCUCAACUGGCCCUGGUUGUGGCAAGUCGGUCUUGUCCCGGACCUUGAUUGAUGAAAGACUUCUCAGCUCCCGAAUGAUGACAGCGAACGUUUGCUAUUUCUUUUUCAAGGAUGGCCUCGAGCGACGACAGCGAGGGGAGGAUGCCCUCAGCGCUAUUCUUCAUCAGAUAUAUUCUCGGAAUUUGGCUUCUAACUUGAUUUCCCAUGCGUAUCAACCUUUCAAGACUAAUGGGCAAAGUCUCCGCUCUAUGUUCUAUCCGCUCUGGGAGCUACUCAUGACAACUUCACGACAUCAAGCUGCGGGAGAGAUUAUCUGUCUUCUGGACGCAUUGGACGAAUGUCAGCCCGAUGCCAGAGAGCAGCUAUUGGAUCAGCUCGCAGAGUUUUAUAGUAAUGCAAAUGUGGUUGGCCCUGCAGGGCCACGUAUCAAAUUUCUCAUCACAAGUCGUCCUAACGACGAUAUCGACAGCAAGUUCCGUCGUUUGGAUGCUACCGUCAACUUUAUUGAAUUUGCUGAAGUGGUCCCCAGACUUGACAAAGCAUCUCAUUCACUCAUCGCAGGAUAUUUGAAACCGAUGGAACAUCGGACUUAUCUGUGGCUGUAUCUUGUGCUACAGGAGAUUCAGCGCAAAUUCCCAAGUCAUGCAACAGUGAGGAAAAUUGAGACUUUGAUUGGGCAGUUGCCAACCUCUGUCACUAAAGCAUACGAAACUAUUCUCAAUCAGAGCUCUGAUCAGCAGGUCGCCCGCACUAUUUUGAAGAUCAUCAUCGCCGCGAAGCGUGAUCUAACGGUCGAAGAGAUGACCGUUGCGAUAGCCAUAACAAGGACGAAGGAGCCACGAUCAUACCAAGAACUUGAUCUCGAGCCCGAGAAGGUUCGCGAAUCUAGCCUUCGAAAUAUCUGCGGAUUCUUUAUCAGCAUCAAUAAAUCAAAGGUAUCCCUGAUACACCAGACAGCACGCGAAUUUCUUCUCCGAUCGACGGGAGACAAAGACAAGGAUGGCGCGGCACUGGGUUCCAGCAUGAGGUGGUAUCAUUCAUUAGAUAUCGUGGACGCCGAGCACACGGUAGCCCAGGUCUGCAUUACACUGCUCCUGUUCCACUUUUUUAAGGGUAAUGCGCCCUGGGCAGAUUUUUAUGGAACACGAUUCGACUGGGAAAGGGGGUAUGGACGUCUCAUAUCCAAAUAUCCUUUUUUGCAAUAUGCAUCCACAAGGUGGGCCGAACAUUAUCAAAUGUCACAGCAUCUGAGUAAGGAUGAAGAAAUCGGCCUUGUGUUGUCGAUUUGUGAUGUCCAACGGACCUAUUGCCAGACAUGGUUUCCUAUUUAUUGGUAUUCGGAAAUGUGGCACGAGCGACCCCCGGCGACAUGUUUGGUUAUUGCAAGUACGUUCGGUCUCGUUCGAGUUGUGGAACAAGUACUUGAGUCUCUCAGUUCUGGCCAUAGCAAUCAAUUGACCGCUUGUAGGGAGUCAAACCUCUAUACUGGAAUCAAUGAGCCAGUUGAAUACUUUGGGAAUGCCCUACAGGCAGCAUCAUCCAGAGGUCACCCGGAGGUGGUGAAGAUGCUGCUAGACAGAGGAGCGGAUGUGAAUGCUGAGGGUGGAGGGUUUGACAAUGCCCUACAGGUAGCAUCAGUCGAAGGACACUCGGAGGUGGUGGAGAUGCUACUAGAUAGGGGAGCGGAUAUGAAUGCUCAGGGCGGACACUAUGGCAAUGCCCUGCAGGCAGCAUCGUUUGAUGGCCACUCGGAGGUGGUGCAGAUGCUGCUAGACAGAGGAGCGGAUGUGAAUAUACAAGGUGGGAAAUAUGGCACUGCUCUUCUAGCGGCAUCCAGGUAUGGCCAUGAGAAGAUAGAGCACAUCUUACUGCGUAAGAUGUGA